GUUUUCUGCCACCUUUCGGGCCUAACUUUAGCCCACUUUGUGCUGUGCGUCAGGCAUGUCCGCAGAGGUCCCUCCAGGCUACCAUGUGAAAGUAAUUGGUGACUCAAGAUUCGUCAUACCGAUGCGUUAUUCUAACCUGACACCGAUCGGGUCUGGAGCACAGGGAUACGUUGUGUCGGCAUAUGACCUCGUGCUUCAACAAGAGGUUGCGAUCAAGAAGUUAGCCCGCCCCUUCCAGAAUGUCACCCAAGCCAAACGAGCGUAUCGUGAAUUGGUCCUAAUGCGCCUCGUGAAUCAUAAAAAUAUUAUUUCGUUGCUCAAUGCGUUCACUCCUCAGAAGACAUUAGAAGAUUUUCAAGACGUGUACCUUGUGAUGGAGCUGAUGGAUGCCAAUCUGGGUCAAGUCAUUCACAUGGAGCUAGAUCAUGAACGGAUGUCCUACCUACUCUACCAAGUGCUUUGUGGUCUAAAGCACUUGCAUGCAGCCGGAAUUAUUCAUCGUGAUCUUAAACCCAGUAAUAUUGCCGUACGACAUGACUGCAGUCUGAAAAUCCUCGAUUUCGGUCUGGCCCGCGCAACGGGGAACAGUUUCACUAUGACUCCUUACGUGGUCACCCGGUACUAUCGAGCUCCCGAAGUCAUCCUUGGAUUAGGCUACUCAGAGAAUGUAGAUAUCUGGUCUGUCGGCUGUAUUUUUGCUGAAAUGGUACUCGAACGUAUCCUGUUUCCUGGCACAGACUAUGUGGAUCAGUGGACCAAAAUUACGGACGAGCUAGGUACCCCUAGUUCCGAGUUUAUGAGUCGCCUGGAGAAUUCUGUCCGGCGGUAUCUCAUGCUGCGGCCACGUACCGACCCUAGACCAUUCUCCGAACUGUUCCCGGACGAAUGCUUCCCCCCAUCCAGCUCCGAGCACGAGACGCUUAAUGCUGAUCAAGCCCGUGAUCUGCUUUAUCGGAUGCUCGUGAUUGACCCACUGGAACGCGUCUCAGUAGAUGAGGCUCUUCAGCAUCCAUACAUCAAUGUUUGGUUUGAUGAAUCUGAGGUGAACGCGCCUCCUCCUGGCCAGUAUGAUGUCUCCUUCUACGAACGUGACCUGACCAUCGAUGACUGGAGGGUACGUAUUUUCGAAGAGGUCAAACGAAUGGAAGAUACGGAUGUACUGCCGCCCGAAACAACGCAAGAUGGGAUCACGCCCUACAACUGUUUCGACGAAUGAUCACCGAGACUGUGACAACCCGUUUGCCACUCCAGCCUAUUCCUCAGCAGGGGAUUAAACUACCUGCGACGCUCAGUAUGCGAUCUGUCAAGAAGUUGCACCACUUCUCCUGUCCUGAUCUCGUUCUUUUACCCAUGCACAGACACCAAACCAUAAAUUUGCUUCAAAUUGGGAGAUGGGGACGAACCUGCCUCUUGUUAAUCUGGCCCUUAGCUAUCCAUAACUGUGUUUGGUGAUGUACACACUGAGUAGUACCGUUUGUGACAACGUGGACUCCGGUGAACUGCUACCUGUUCCCUUGAAAAAUACGCAUACACCAAUCCCACGUAACUCGAAUCGUGCUUGCCUUUGGGUACCCGACUUUCCCUCAUUAAUUUGAAUGCCAACUUGGUGAUCUUCGAAACACAACAGUCGGUGCAAUGCUCAGAUCUUCUCUUUUCCUAUGUACCAUUCUGCUCAUCUGGACUUUGGUCAUCUGUCACACCAACCAUAAGUGCCGUUUAUCAUCCUCUGCUCUGCGAAUCACACCCCGUUUUUUUUUCGGUACUUAACAAUGCGCAAUCUAUUUAUUUAUCGUCCACCGGCAUGAGUGAAUGCACAUCGCGCUACGGUGAACUUGGUCAGCUGUGCACCCCCCCACCGCUAGUACGGUCAGGUCAUAUCAGUAGUCAUACACACCCGACAAGUAGCGUACACCGCCAGUCCUUGACCAGUUUGCCGUAAAUUAAACAAACCAAGCACUCACGUAGUAUAUUCAUUGAUUUUUUACUUCUGUCAACUUCUUUCUUUCAGACCAUUAGGCCCUUUUUACAAUUAUGUCUGUGUGUAACUUUCCCGUUUGGGCAUUUUUUAACUUUCGGGAAGCCGCUUCCUCAGGUUCGUUCUGCAUCACGCGCGCAAACCUUCUCCUAAUUACCUUUCUGAACUAAAUUGUGUUCAUCAUGCCGGGGUUUAUGUCAGACUUAUUUCCUAUGAGACGAAUUAUUUUGAAUACAUGAACAUUGCACUAACUCGUCCUCUGGGACGGUUUUCGCUCACUUUUGGGUGUCUU